UUGACUCAGACAUCUGUAACAACUCAUUUUUAAAGCUUGAAGAUCAACUUCAGAUCAGAAACUAUGAGAGCAUCUUCUUUGUGUCUGGUGUUCGGGCUGGUCCUGCUGAUGGCCUGGACUUCUGAGGCUCAACCUGCUGCUCCUGCAGUCCCUGAGAGGUGUUGCUUCAAUUUUAUCGACUUUCAAAUUCCAGAGAAAAAAAUUGUGAGCGCUGUGAAGACAAGUUCAGAUUGCCCUUCCCCUGCCAUUGUGGUUACGACACCUAAAACCGAAUUUUGUGUGAAACCAGAAGAGGCUUGGAUAAGGACUUUUAUGGAGAAGCAGCUUAUGAAAUAAAAACACGACACAUUAUGCACAAAAUAAUACUGUUUCUGCUUUAUACAACUGUCCUUUCUUAAGAAACU